ACGCCGCCUUGCUGCUGCUGCCUCAACACACAGCUCCGUACACACAGCUCCUCUCUCAUGCACCAUACAGCUGCGUUUCAGCUGUGCAGAACCGCUGAGGUCCUUUGCUAUUGUAUGCCUAAACAAUAAGAGGUCAAGAUGGUGGCACUGUCGCUGAAGAUCUGCGUGCGGCAGUGCAAUGUUGUAAAGACGAUGCAGUUUGAGCCCUCCACGCCGGUGUAUGAUGCCUGCCGCAUCAUCAGAGAGAGGGUUCCCGAGGCCCAGAGCGGACAAGCAUCAGAUUAUGGCCUGUUUUUGUCAGAUGAUGACCCCAGGAAGGGAAUCUGGUUGGAAUCGGGGCGUACACUGGAUUACUACAUGCUUCGGAAUGGGGAUGUCUUGGAGUACAAGAAAAAACAAAAGCCACAAAAGAUUAAAAUGCUGGAUGGAGCCAUUAAGACCAUCAUGGUGGACGACUCUAAAACUGUAGGGGAGCUCCUCGUCACUAUAUGCAGUAGAAUAGGAAUAACAAACUACGAGGAGUACUCUCUGAUCCAGGAGCAGGGAGAGGACAAGAAGGAAGAUGGAAUGGGCACACUGAAGAAGGAGCGGACUCUGCUCCGAGAUGAAAGAAAAAUGGAGAAACUCAAAGCCAAACUUCACACAGAUGAUGACUUAAACUGGCUGGACCACAGUCGGACGUUUCGAGAGCAGGGAGUGGAAGAGAGUGAGACGCUGUUGCUCAGAAGAAAGUUUUUCUACUCUGACCAGAACGUGGACUCCCGAGACCCUGUACAGCUAAACCUGCUUUAUGUACAGGCAAGAGAUGACAUCUUGAAUGGCUCCCACCCUGUGUCCUUCGAUAAGUCGUGUGAGUUUGCUGGAAUCCAGGCUCAGAUCCAGUUUGGUCCCCAUGUGGAGCACAAACACAAGCCCGGAUUCCUAGACUUAAAAGAAUUCCUGCCCAAAGAAUACAUAAAGCAAAGAGGAGCUGAGAAGAGGCUCUUUCAGGACCACAAAAGCUGUGGUGAGAUGACGGAAAUUGAGGCAAAGGUGAAAUAUGUGAAGCUGGCCAGGUCUCUGAGAACAUAUGGAGUGUCCUUUUUCUUAGUGAAGGAGAAAAUGAAGAGCAAGAACAAGCUUGUCCCACGCUUGCUGGGUAUUACCAAAGAGUCAGUGAUGCGGGUUGAGGAGAGGACCAAAGAUGUAGUGCAGGAAUGGCCACUCACCACUGUGAAGAGAUGGGCCGCCUCCCCGAAGAGUUUCACGCUGGAUUUUGGCGAGUACCAGGAGAGCUAUUACUCAGUUCAGACCACAGAAGGAGAGCAAAUCUCCCAACUUAUUGCAGGCUACAUUGAUAUUAUCCUCAAAAAAAAACAAAGCAAGGACCGCUUUGGCUUGGAUGGAGAUGAAGAGUCCACCAUGCUGGAGGAAUCGGUUUCACCGAAGAAAUCCACUAUCCUGCAGCAGCAAUUUAACCGUGUAGGCAGAGUGGAGCACGGAUCGGUGGCGCUGCCUGGCAUCAUGCGUUCGGGCUCUGUUGGCGGGCCAGACACAUAUAACAUAGGCACCAUGCCUGGACCCCAGCAGCAGAUCACCACAGGGCAAAUGCACAGAGGGCACAUGCCCCCAUUGAGUCUGGCCCAGCAGGCACUGAUGGGCACUAUUAACAGUAGUAUGCAAGCAGUGCAGCAGGCUCAGGCUGAUCUUGGGGAAGUGGACAACCUGCCACCACUGGGACAAGACAAGGCAUCCAGGGUUUGGGUACAGAACAAGGUGGAUGAAUCCAAGCAUGAAAUCCAUUCUCAAGUGGAUGCCAUCACUGCUGGAACUGCAUCUGUAGUGAAUCUUACUGCAGGUGACCCUACGGACACAGACUACACGGCUGUAGGCUGUGCCAUUACCACCAUCUCCUCCAACCUGACAGAGAUGUCAAAGGGUGUAAAGUUGCUGGCAGCUCUAAUGGAGGAUGAGGUGGGCAGUGGGCAGAGACUGAUGGGGGCAGCCAGAACUCUAACAGGGGCUGUUUGUGAUCUGCUUAGGGCUGUGGAGCCAGCAUCUGGAGAGCCUAGGCAGACGGUGCUGACGGCAGCUGGUAGCAUCGGCCAGGCCAGCGGAGAUCUGCUGCGCCACAUUGGAGAGGGAGAGACCGACGAGAGAUUCCAGGACAUCAUGAUGAACCUAGCCAAAGCAGUUGCCAAUGCGGCAGCGUUGCUGGUGCUAAAGGCGAAGAACGUAGCGCAAGUAGCUGAGGACACUGCGCUACAGAACCGUGUGAUCACCGCAGCCACACAGUGUGCCCUGUCCACCUCACAGCUAGUGGCCUGUACAAAGGUAGUGAGUCCCACUAUCAGCUCACCUGUGUGCCAGGAGCAGCUGGUGGAGGCAGGCAGGCUGGUGGAGCGUUCAGUGGAGGUGUGUGUUAAAGCUUGCCAUGCUGCCUCUGAUGAGGCUGAGCUUCUCCGACAAGUUAAUUGUGCAGCGGGUACAGUCAGCAUGGCGCUCAGCGACUUGCUCCAGCAUGUGCGCCACUAUGCCAGUUGUGGUGAGCCCAUCGGACGCUAUGACCAGGCCACUGACACCAUUAUGACCGUCACUGAGAGUAUCUUCACUUCCAUGGGAGAUGCAGGUGAGAUGGUGCGGCAGGCCCGGGUUCUGGCUCAGGCAACGUCAGACCUGGUGAAUGCCAUGCGUUCGGAUGCUGAAGCCGAAGUUGAUGUGGAUAACUCUAAGAAGCUGCUGGCUGCAGCCAAACUGCUGGCUGAUGCCACUGCUCGGAUGGUGGAGGCUGCAAAGGGUGCUGCGGCUCAUCCGGAGAACGAGGAGCAGCAGCAAAAGCUGAGAGAGGCUGCCGAGGGUCUGCGAGUAGCCACCAACGCUGCAGCUCAGAACGCCAUCAAAAAGAAGCUGCUUAACAGACUGGAGAUUGCUGCCAAACAGGCAGCAGCAGCAGCAACUCAGACCAUCGCAGCUGUUCAGAAUGCUGCUGCUUCUAACAAGAACACAGCCUUCCAGCAGCAGCUUGUGCACAGCUGUAAGGCUGUUGCAGACCACAUCCCUCAGUUGGUGCAAGGCAUGAGAAGUAGCCAGGCCCAGCCGGAGGAUCUAAGUGCCCAGCUGGCCCUUAUCAUUGCCAGCCAGAGUUUUCUGCAGCCUGGUGGAAAGAUGGUGACUUCAGCCAAAUCAACUGUUCCCACAGUAACUGACCAGGCAGCAGCUAUGCAACUGGGACAAUGUGCAAAGAACCUGGCCACGUGCCUGGCAGAGCUCCGGACAGCUGCACAGAAGGCUCAUGAAGCAUGUGGGCCUCUGGAGAUCGAUUCAGCUCUUAACACGGUUCUAACACUAAAGAACGAACUGCAGGAUGCCAAGAUGGCCACACUUGAUGGUCAACUCAAACCACUACCAGGAGACUCGUUGGAGAAAUGUGCUCAGGAUCUGGGAAGCACUUCUAAAGCAGUGGGUUCAUCCAUGGCACAACUGCUGACCUGUGCCGCCCAGGGCAAUCAACAUUAUACUGGUGUAGCGGCGAGGGAGACGGCCCAGGCUCUGCGCACUCUGGCCCAGGCUGCACGCGGAGUGGCUGCGUGUACAGUGGAGAGACAAUCUGCAGCAGCCAUGUUAGACUCAGCCAGUCACGUGAUGGAGGGCUCGACCAUGUUGAUCCAUGAAGCUCAGCAGGCUCUGGUUUGCCCUGGUGAUGCAGAGAGCCAACAGAGACUAGCGCAGGUAGCAAAGGCUGUCUCACACUCUCUGAAUAAUUGUGUGAACUGUUUGCCGGGACAGAAAGAUGUGGACAUGGCUCUGAGGAGUAUAGGAGAAGCCAGCAAGAAACUUCUGGUGGAAAAUUUGCCUCCAUGCUCCAAGUCGUUUCAAGAGGCUCAGACGGACCUGAACCACACGGCUGCCGAGUUGAACCACUCGGCCGGGGAGGUGGUGCACUCAUCCCGCGGUACCAGCAGCCAGCUUGCUGUAGCCUCUGGCAAGUUCAGCCAAGACUUUGACGAGUUCCUGGAUGCUGGCAUCGAGAUGGCUGGCCACACUCAGUCCAAAGAUGACCAGAUGCAGGUGAUAGGCAACCUAAAGAACAUCUCCAUGGCCUCCAGCAAGCUGCUACUUGCAGCAAAGUCUCUAUCAGUGGAUCCUGGUGCUGCUAAUGCCAAGAAUCUUCUUGCAGCUGCUGCAAGAGCAGUGACAGAGAGCAUUAACCAGCUCAUCACCAUUUGUACUCAGCAGGCUCCAGGCCAAAAGGAGUGUGACAAUGCAUUGCGUGAGCUACAGGCGGUUCGAGGAAUGCUAGACAAUCCCAAUGAACCAGUCAGUGACCUUUCCUACUUUGACUGCAUAGAGAGUGUAAUGGAGAACUCCAAGGUGUUGGGUGAGGCCAUGGCAGGCAUCUCACAACACUGUAAGACAGGAGACGUGCCUGCUUUUGGGGAAAGCGUGGGUGUGGCAUCCAAAGCACUGUGUGGGCUGACUGAGGCUGCAGGCCAGGCUUCAUAUCUGGUGGGUGUGUCAGACCCCAACAGUCAGUCAGGUCAUCAGGGAUUGGUGGACCCUAUCCAAUUUGCAAAAGCUAACCAGGCUAUUCAGAUGGCAUGCCAGAGCCUGGUGGACUCAGCCAGCAGUCCAUCCCAAGUGCUGUCGGCAGCCACAAUUGUAGCCAAGCACACCUCAGCACUCUGCAAUGCCUGCCGCCUAGCAUCAUCUAAAACGGCUAACCCAGUUGCCAGGAGGCAUUUUGUGCAGUCAGCAAAAGAAGUGGCCAACACAACGGCCAACCUUGUUAAAACCAUCAAAGCUUUGGAUGGGGAUUUUUCAGAUGAAAACCGAGAAAGAUGCCGUGUUGCCACCACCCCUCUUAUACAGGCUGUAGAGAAUCUUGCCACAUUUGCUUCUAACCCUGAGUUCGCCAGCAUUCCUGCUCAGAUAAGCAGCGAGGGCUUGGCAGCUCAGGAACCAAUCCUACGCUCAGCUCGCUCCAUGCUGGAUAGUUCCACCCAGCUUUUGAAAAGUGCUCGCUCUCUCAUUCUCAACCCCAGAGACCCACCUACAUGGUCGGUCCUUGCAGGCCACUCCCGCACCGUGUCCGACUCCAUCAAGAGUCUUAUCACCUCCAUCAGGGACAAGGCUCCAGGCCAGCGGGAGUGCGACCACAGCAUAGACGGCAUCAACAAGUGCAUCAGAGACAUAGAACAAGCCUCCUUGGCCGCUGUGGGCCAGAGCCUGCCGUGCAGAGAUGACAUCUCUCUAGAGGCUGUACAGGAACAGGUCACUUCUGCUGUGCAGGAAAUUGGUCAUCUGAUCGAACCCAUCUCCACUGCAGCUCGCGGGGAGGCCGCCCAGCUAGGACACAAGGUGAGUCAGCUGGCCAGCUAUUUUGAGCCACUUAUUGUGGCCUCGGUGGGACUUGCCUCUAAGCACAUGGACCACCAGCAACAGAUGAACAUUUUGGACCAGACCAAGACCCUUGCUGAGUCAUCGCUGCAGAUGCUCUAUGCUGCGAAAGAGGGAGGGGGAAACCCCAAGGCAGCCCAUACUCAUGAUGCAAUAGCUGAGGCAGCACAGCUAAUGAAGGAGGCAGUGGAUGAUAUCAUGGUGACUCUAAACGAGGCAGCGAGUGAGGGAGGAAUGGUGGGAGGAAUGGUAGAAUCCAUUGCUGAGGCCAUGGGACGGAUGGAUGAGGGUACUCCUCCAGAACCACAUGGUACAUUUGUGGAUUACCAGACAACCAUGGUAAAAUUUUCCAAGGCUAUUGCUAUCACAGCACAGGAGAUGAUGACAAAGUCAGUGACGUGUCAGGAGGAACUGGGUGGCCUUGCAUCUCAGGUGACGAUGGAUUACAUCCAGCUGGCACAGCAGGGGCGCCUAGCAGCCACUACAGCUGAACAAGAAGAGGUUGGCGUGCAGAUAAAGAGUCGUGUGCAGGAGCUGGGCCAUGGCUGUAUCUACCUGGUACAAAAGGCCGGAGCGCUCCAGAUGAGCCCGACGGAUAGCUUCACCAAGAGAGAGCUGAUUGACUGUGCCCGUACUGUUACUGAAAAGGUGUCCAUGGUGUUGUCUGCUCUGCAAGCUGGUAAUAAGGGCACUCAGGCCUGUAUUACAGCUGCCAGCUCUGUCUCUGGCAUCAUUGCUGACCUAGAUACCACCAUCAUGUUCGCUUCUGCGGGCACACUCAACUCUGAGAAUGAAGAGUCCUUCGCAGACCACAGAGAAAACAUUCUGAAGACUGCAAAGGCUCUGGUGGAAGACACUAAGCUGUUAGUUGCCGGCGCUGCAUCAAGCCAGGAGAAAUUGGCACAGGCAGCACAAUCCUCUGCCAAGACCAUCACCCAGCUGACCGAUGUCGUCAAACUUGGAGCAGCCAGCAUGGGCUCGGAGGAUCCAGAGACACAGGUGGUUCUUAUCAACGCUGUAAGGGAUGUGGCCAAAGCUCUAGCUGAAUUAAUAGGGGCAACUAAAUGUGCAGCGGGGAAACCUGCAGAUGACCCCUCUAUGUACCAGCUAAAGAGUGCCGCAAAGGUGAUGGUGACCAAUGUUACAUCUCUGCUGAAAACUGUAAAAGCAGUCGAGGAUGAAGCCACUCGUGGGACAAGGGCCCUCGAGGCCACCAUUGAGUUCAUCAAACAGGAGCUGAAUAUUUUUCAGUCCAAGGACACCCCAGAAAAGAGUUCAACACCAGAAGAGCUCAUUCGCAUGACUAAAGGCAUCACUGUAGCCACGGCCAGAGCUGUGGCAGCGGGCAACUCUGGCCAGCAGGAAGAUGUGAUCUCCACUGCCAACCUGAGCCGCAAAGCUAUUUCGGACAUGCUGCUUACCUGCAAGCAAGCUGCAUAUCAUCACGAGGUUGCUCAGGAUGUGAGGAACAAAGUUCUGCUUCAUGGCACAGAGUGCACCGCUGGAUACAUCGACCUGCUCGAGCAAGUUCUAAUGGUUCUUCAGAAGCCUACAGCAGAACACAGGCAGCAGUUGGCAGCUCUCUCAAAAAAAGUAGCCAGCUCAGUAACUGAGCUCAUCCAGACUGCUGAAGCCAUGAAAGGUUCAGAGUGGGUGGACCCAGAGGACCCAACAGUGAUCGCUGAAACAGAGCUACUGGGGGCCGCCGCAUCUAUCGAAGCUGCAGCUAAGAAGCUAGAACAGCUGAAACCCAGAGCCAAACCUAAGCAAGCAGAUGAGUCACUGGAUUUCGACGAGCAGAUCUUGGAAGCAGCCAAGUCUAUAGCAGCGGCAACAAGUGCUCUAGUGAAAUCAGCAUCAGCUGCACAGAGAGAGCUGGUAGCUCAGGGAAAGGUGGGCUCUGUUCCUGCCAAUGCUGUAGAUGAUGGACAGUGGUCCCAGGGUCUCAUUUCAGCAGCCCGUAUGGUAGCAGCAGCAACCAGCAGCUUGUGUGAAGCAGCUAAUGCUUCGGUACAAGGUCACGCAAGUGAAGAGAAGCUCAUCUCAUCUGCCAAACAAGUGGCUGCUUCUACUGCCCAGCUGCUGGUGGCCUGCAAAGUGAAGGCUGACCACGAUUCUGAGGCCAUGAGGAGGCUACAGACUGCUGGCAAUGCAGUGAAGAGAGCAUCAGAUAACCUUGUGAAAGCAGCUCAGAAAGCAGUCUUCGAAAAACCAGAUGACGACAGUGUGGUGGUUAAGACAAAAUUUGUUGGUGGAAUUGCCCAGAUCAUUGCCGCUCAAGAGGAGAUGCUUAGAAAAGAAAGGGAGCUGGAGGAGGCCCGGAAGAAGCUGGCCCACAUCCGACAGCAGCAGUAUAAAUUCCUCCCCAGCGAGCUACGAGAAGAUCAGAGCUGAGCCCUCACGUAUAAAUGCUCCAAUGAAACCGAUUGUAAUAUUAAUAUUGAGAUGGACUGGAUGAAUCUGCCAUUGGUGUUGGAUCGGUUGGUUUGCCAUUUGCACCUCAUAGUGGGAGACAUGUCGUGUAUGUUUAUAACACGUUUUAGACAGUUGUGAUUAACUUUUAACUCACAAGAAGGGAGUCGCACCGAUUGAUUGUUUUUCUCACAUAAGGGUGGUGUUUUUUCACACAAGACUAUUCAGUUUUAAUGCAGCUAAAUGUGAGGCAGAUAAGUUUAGUGUGAUGUGAACACAAGAUAAGUAAACACAGUGUGCGGGGGCAUACCUGUCUAUAAAUUAUAAGUGUGGAUUAUAAAUAUAUCAAAAAACAAUCACAAGUCACAAGUGUGAAAUCAAAAGGUGUUAAGUCAAACAAUAAGUAAUUAUGUGAAGAUGUAUAGCUUAUAUAGGAUUAAAGCUGCAGUACGUAACAUUUGGGUAUUUGCAUACAUGACACAGAAAGGCUGUUGCAUCAGAUCUGUUGUGGAUUCAUCUGAUAUCAAUACAAUAAUAGUGAUUAAAUUCAUAAAGUCAUGUAGCAUAUAAGAAAAUUCUAAAUCUAACUUAACAGAUUUCUAGGCGUGGCUCUCAGCAGUAAGAACAAAAUGUGUACACUUUUUUCCACUACUGACCAUGCUGCACUUUUAGGGCUACUUAAUUCCUCAACAAAAAAGUUACAUACUACAGCUUUACAUUAUUUAAGCCUCACUACUUGUUAUAUUCUUCAGCAGGAAUAUUCAUCCAAAGCCUUUGCUAAAGCACUGCACGACUUAUACAUAUCAUGAAGGCUAAGACACGUUGUAAGACUGUAUUUCAGCUAGGAGUUAACUUUAUUAUAAGGCUGCAUACAAUGUAUGGCUGUGUGUAUUAUUUAUUCAUUAUUGAGUCACAAAUGCUCCUCACCAAAAGCGUUACAGCUAUAGGUUUGUCCUGAUUGUAGUGGAAUGCAGAAACCCACUGACAAAGAUAUGGUUAUCAUUUGAAUUGUUCAAGCACUCAUUAUGAAUACCUCAGAAGUUUUAACACACUUAAUCAUCUCUUUAAUCAUGUUACCCUUCUCACUGUUACAUGCAGUCAAGUACAGUAUACUGACAUUGCAGUUCUAAGUCUUACCUUUACCCACAAUGCACAUGAACUGAUCACAUUUAGAGAACUUACGGAGUCAUGCGUAACCUUGUGGGGAAAAUAUACAUCUGUUCUUUUAGAAAGAGCAUCAUGCAUUAAAGUCUCAAGUACUCAUGCAUUUGGCUGGGCAUGUCAUUUGCCUAUUUGUACUGAUUGGUUAUAAAUAUAUAACUUUUACGACAAAGUAGGACGUGGAUGUGGUAAAUGUUUUUUUUACUAUAUAUAAAUAUAUAUAUACUGAUCAGCCAUCAACAUUAAAACCAUCUCCUUGUUUCUACACUCACUGUCCAUGUUAUCAGCUCCACUUACCAUAUAGGAGCACUUUGUAGUUCUACAAUUACUGACUGUAGUCCAUCUGUUUCUCUACAUACUUUUUUAGCCUGUUCACUGUUCUUAAAUGGUCAGGACUCUUCCAGGACCACUACAGAGCAGGUAUUAUUUAGGUGGUGGGUCAUUCUCAGCACUGCAGUGACAAUGACAUGGUGGUGGUGUGUUAGUGUGUGUUGUGCUGGUAUGAGUGGAUCAGAUACAGCAGUGCCACUGGAGUUUUUAAAUACCUAAUCCACUCACUGUCCACUCUAUUAGAGACUCCUACCUAGUUGGUUCACCUUAUAGAUGUAAAGUCAGAGACGAUCACUCAUCUAUUGCUGCUGUUUGAGUUGGUCAUCUUCUAGACCAUCAGUGGUCACAGGACACUGCCCACGGGGCGCUGUUGGCUGGAUAUUUUUGGUUGGUGGACUAUUCUCAGUCCAGCAGUGACAGUGACGUGUUUAAAAACUCCAUCAGCGCUGCUUUGUCUGAUCCACCUAUACCAGCACAACACACACUAACACACCACCACCAUGUCUUCUCCACACAAGAGGUUACUAUAGAAGGUCAUCUGCUUUCUUUUUAGCCAUGCAGAAUUAUACCCAUGGUAACAAGCUUCUCAGGUGGUGGGUCAGUUGUUAAGGGCUAUUGAUUAUAGUUGUAGGUUUUAGCCCCACCACCAAGAUGCUAUUGAAAUGGAUUUUCAAAAAAUGCACGUGUCAGAACAAUUUAGAUCUCCCAAUUUUAUGGCUGGUUUUUAAAAAUGAUUCUAUGUACUAAAUUGUAUGCAGUUGUACCAUUGGUAAUGUAAUAAUUAUACAUGCUAUUAAGUACCAUAUUAUGAGAUUUGGGACACACUUAUUAUCGGUUCAGCAUUAGUGAAAGUUGUUGAAAAUUUGGGCAACUGUACAGGCUUGUUGCCAUUCCAACAAGUUAUGCUUCUGCACAACAUUAAGCCACGAGUUCCUCGUGUUGGUCUCCAGAUGUGUAUUUUCUUUACAAGAUUAAGUAUAGCUCCACGGGACUAUAUGGUCUGUGCAUACAUAGACAACCUAUUCUAAGCUAUAAUGUUAACUGAUAGUGAAAAUACAUGGCUCAAAAGAAACUACGCACUACAAGAAUUCUAUGAUGCACUGAUAUUGUUCCUAUCACUGCGUAAGUGUCUGAAAAUAUGCUAAGUACAUACGCUUCUUGUGAACUUGGUAGACAUUAGUAAAAAAAUUAGUGGCUUCUUUUAAGGUAGAUCUUUCGAGGUAGAUCUGUAGUUUUCUGUAGUUAUCGUUUGUUGAUUGCGAAUUUCACAGUGUGACGUUUCAACAGUAAAAAUAUUGUGAGAAGAUAUGUAUUAAACUGCAAUACCUGCAAUAUCCUCUUAAAAUUAAACUGCAUUGUAUAUUAGUGCCUUAUAAUGUCAAAUCUAGUUGCCAGUUUAAGCUGAUCAAGGACCUAACUUAACCACUAUAACCACAAAAACUGGUCCUAGAUCAGUGAAAAGGGAACUUGUCGUGAUUGUGAAGGUGUAGUUCUGUUAUUUUUUAUUUUUUCUGAGCAGUAUAUUAUGGGCGUUUUGGAUUUGGACAGAUAGAUUUCGGCAAAACACUUACAAGUGCUCUGCCAUGUGCUACUGUUAGAGUGGCCUGAUGCUCUUGCAUUGGUAGUUUGGUCAGCUGCCAGAUGAAAAUCUCUCUAUAAAGCAUUGCAAUGUGACAGCAUCACUGACUACACAUGCUUUCUAUUUACACUGAGUGAAAAUCAAUUCUGCAACCCAUGCACAUGUAUCUAUUCUUUCAAUUCACCACACUUCAAGCCUCAAUCAGGAAUUGCUAAAUGAAAUGACACAGCCAGUCCAGAUUAGGCUCCACUUUUCCUAACAGAAAGCAUAUUUCUGGUGUACAUGUUGUUGUGGUUUAGUUUGUGUGGCCUUGUAACAAUUUUUAUGCUACAAGACAUCUUACCGAAUCCAAAAUCCACCGCCUUUGUGUAUGAGGCUUUAAUGGAAGUUAAAAUAUAUAAAAUAAGUCAUCUGAAGUUUUCUCUUCUAUAAACCACUAUGUAUGAAGGUUUUUAUUUGUAUUUACUAAUAAAUGUAAUGAAGAUAUUGCAAUAUGUGGUUAAUGUGCUGUGAUUCAGUGGAGCAGAAGAAAAAUAAUAAAUAGCUCCUUUAAUUAUACUAGAGUUUAGGGCUUUCUUUACCCAACAGAAAAAAAAAAACAUUGUCACUAAAUAUAAUACAAUGAUGCUUUAUGUAAAAUAUUCAUCUGGUCACAAAAGUAUUUUUUGUAUUCCCUGAAAAUAAAGAGUU